UUUGUUUCCUACAAUCCUCUAUCUUUCAAUUUCUUAGGGUUUUUGAGAAAAAAACGUUAAAAGUAAUUUUAAUGGUGGUAGACAAAAGCAGCGAAGCUUCUCCUUUGUGUUGUGCUCUUCCAAUGUACAGCCCAAAAUAUUCAAGUUAUGCCACUGAAGAAGAUUCAAACAACCUGAACCAUACUCCAAAACACAAAAGAACCAAUGCUUUGCUCACUAAUUCUGCUUCAGCUCACGAUCUGAGAUGUCAAGGGGUAGAGAAAGAGAAGCAAGAUACUAACUCACCGAGAGGAGUCCUAGAAGCCUGCUUAACCCGAUGCUCAAUCUCCUCGACCUCGUCUUCCUUAGACGAUCCUCCUCCAAAUAGAGAAGCUGUUGAAAACGCAAACGCAGACGCAGAAGCACGCAUCAAGAACCACAGAGCAUCUUCUAACUGGGGAAAGUUCUUCAAACAUUGGAAACGCAAGUCCAUGAAACGCCUCUCUUCCUUUCCUCCAUUAGCACAUAGACGCAAUAAAAACGUAGAUCAGCACGUAGACGUUCUGAACGUCCACGAUAUCUACGACUUUCAAUCAUCUCUACACAGCUUCUCAAUCACUGACCUAGAAAUCGCAACUGAUAACUUCAGCCCCGAAAAUAUAAUCGGAAGAGGCGGUUACGCAGAGGUUUACCAAGGGAUUCUACCAGAAGGGAAGCUAAUCGCUGUGAAACGUCUCAUAAAAGGCACACCAGACGAGCAGACAGCUGAGUUUUUGUCCGAACUUGGGAUUAUAGCUCAUGUUGAUCACCCUAACACGGCCAAGUUCAUUGGUUGUUGCAUCGACGGUGGAAUGCAUCUCGUUUUCUGGCUAUCUCCUCUUGGAAGCCUAGGCUCUCUCCUCCAUGGACCUUCAAAAGAUAAGCUUACUUGGAACAGACGUUACAAGGUGGCGUCAGGAACAGCAGAUGGACUAAUGUAUCUACAUGAAGGUUGUCAAAGACGAAUCAUUCAUCGAGACAUUAAAGCUGAUAACAUUCUCCUCACCGAGGAUUUUCAACCGCAGAUUUGUGAUUUCGGAUUAGCCAAAUGGCUUCCUAAGCAAUUGACGCACCACAACGUAUCCAAAUUCGAAGGAACAUUCGGGUACUUUGCGCCGGAAUAUUUUAUGCACGGAAUAGUUGAUGAGAAGACCGAUGUUUUCGCCUUUGGAGUACUUCUCUUGGAGCUUAUAACCGGCCAUCCUGCUCUUGACGAUUCUCAGCAGAGCCUUGUCUUAUGGGCCAAGCCGUUACUAGAUAAGAAAGAGAUAACGCAAUUGGUGGAUCCGUCUCUUGGCGAUGAGUAUAACCUAGAAGAGCUUAGCCGGUUAACUUCCACGGCUUCUUUAUGCAUCGAACAGUCUUCUCUCCUACGACCUCGGAUGAGCCAGGUUGUGGAAUUAUUAUUAGGUCAAGAAGGUGAUGAUAUGACUCUAAGAGAAGACAAGAGAAAUAUGAUGCAACGAACGUAUUCUGAAGAUUUAUUAGAUAGUAUAGAGUAUAACUCAACUAAGUACUUGAGAGAUCUUGACCACAUUCGAGAGGUUGCUUUAGCUUCUUGAAAAAUUAAACAAAAAUUAUUAUGUAAAAAAAACUAUUUAGGUUUUUGUUAUUUGGAGAAUGUAAAUAUGAAAUUCAAGUCUAGAUAUAGUAACCGUUUCACUCA